AUGGACGAACUACUGACCCCGGUCAGCACCACAUAUCUGAAGCCCCGAAAGGACGCCCAGCCGCUGCUAUCCGAAGUCAGUUCAACUAAGAGAGUGGCCGAGGUUCCCAAAAUCACUCAGGUGGACUCGCCGGAUGGAGCUUUGGAGCUUCUUCGAAACCAGCCAGAUUACGAUUCACUUGUUCAGGUGCUGAGAUACCUCACCAAAGAUGCUGCAAAGACAGAUGGUUUCAAUGUCCACGUGCCAGGUCCGAAAAGCGCAGCGGUAAUUCACGUCCUGGUCACCGAAAUUGCCUCCAACUACUGGACUCUGUUGAAGGAGGGUGGAGAGAAUGACAGCGUCGAGGAUGAUGCGGACGACCUACGCCUAUUUGUGGCAUGUUUACAAAGCGUCACCGGCCUUAAUGCCGUUCUUUCUCAUCUCAAAGCUCUCACACAAGAGCACAAGUUAGGGUCUAAGGAAUCUAAGCGGCCCGAUUUGGUGCUGCAUUUUAACAUCUUUCUCGAUUUACUGGCGACACUGCUGGAGGGUGAGAAUGCGAUUCAAGCCUUGUGGAUAGCUUCAACGGAGAAGCUGGACACCCAGACACUGAAAAAAGUGCAAUCCCAGGCACUUCUCUCGUUGAUUACUGGGGGGCGUAUACAAUCUAUAGCUGCCGAAGCAAUUGAAGCUGCCGGGUCAGAAAAUGUCCGUCCCAAAUCGACAUGGCAGGCCGAUGGAGCCAAAUAUUCGCAAUGGGUUGGCCAUAAUGUCAUAGCCUGGGCCAAGCUAAUUAGAGGCGAGGGCGAAUUACACUUCUGCUCAGACAUCUUUCAGCGAGGAAUGUCGCUAGGUUAUCUGGAAACACUUGUCAAGACGGUCAUUGACGGUCUUCUUCUUCAAAAGGGAAAUGAUCCCAAGGACUUUGCCAAAGUUUGCUUCGCUCAGCCGCAUAGCGCCAAGAAGACUAUAAAUAUCCUAUUACAGCACCUUGCUCAACAACUCAAUGGCCUCGAUUUAGACGAUCCAUCUUCUAGAGGUCUUAUUUCUGCUGCCGCUGGUGUUAUUGACGCAGUCAUAAAGGGUAAUGAUGCUCUCUAUAACCAUCUCGUUACUUGGUGCGCUUCAUCAUCAGGUGCUGGCCUAGGGGAUGCUGUGGGCAUCCGAAGAGCCAUUCUCGCAGUUGUAGCCCAAAAUAAGGAUGGCAUUACAACUGUGUUUGAGAAGAGCUUAGCUCAGUUUGGAGAUCAACUAUACAUUAAGCAUGCGGCAAUUCUGCAACAAAAUGUCCAUACAGAAGUGUUGCUGCUAAGUGCAGGAUACAUCUCCAGAAUGUCUCCCAUCAAGCUCAGAAUAAUCGUAAGAUCCGGUUCUUACCUGACAGCAAUCUCAAAUCGGAUAGCAGCAACCCAGGCAAGAGCUCGAUUCUUAGGCUUAGUUGUUGGAGAAUCCCUCUCGACACUGAUGGAUGAUAAGAGCCAGAAACUUGAUUUUCAUAUGGAGGAAACCGAGAGUGAAGAAGCUCAAGAGCUAAAAUCUCUCACCACUAUCUCUGACGAGGUCGGCUCGAUUGAACCUAUCCUCAAGGCAGAAGUUGCAGGGCUGCCAGUAAAGAAGGAGAAUCGUCCACCCCAGAAACGAACGCAAAAGCCCAAAGCAAAGUCUAAAGCAAAACCCGAACCCAAUAUCUCGACCAUCAAGCCCAUAGCCAUCAUCGAAGAAAUUGAUUCUUCAGACGAUGAUGAAGAUCUUGUCCCUUAUGCCAAAGGCUCUGAUCCAGAAGACUCCGACGACGACGCCACAUUAGUCCAGCGCAACAAACCAAAGGCCCCCGUUUAUAUCCGCGAUCUGAUCGUCUAUCUUCGCGACACAGAAUCCUACGAUAAGCAGAAGCUGGCCCUGCAGAGUGCACCGCUCUUGAUUCGCAGAAAAGCAAACUUUGGCAUGGAAGUAAGCUCACACGCAAAUGAACUCGCCGGUUUGCUCGUCGGAUUGCAAGACAAGUUCGACAUUGAAGACUUUGCGAAUUUGAAGCUGCAGGGCAUGAUGGCCUUGAUAGUCGCCCAGCCGAAAUCCAUGGCCCCUUGGUUCUCCCGGACCUUCUUCGAAGGCGAUUAUUCCUUAUCGCAGCGAACACAAGUGCUCGUUGCCAUUGGGCUCUCAGCCAGGGAACUCGCGGGAUUUGAUGUCUCUGAAUAUCAAGCAACUGCAUCAUUCCCUUCGAAGCGGUUGCCAGAGAAAAUUGAGCAGCUAUACCUUGACUCACCGAAGCAGGGCGAUGCAAACCCUCCAUCUCAGCUAAAAGCACUACCUCCAACCGCUCUGGACACGAUAGCGCAGUCUCUCACAUCAUCCUUCUUACAGCCAAUGGCCGCCAAGGCAGCAGACGCCACGACCGGCCCCGACAUCCUCAAACUGCAGACCUUCACAGCCCGCUACAAGUCCAAGACCAAAGCAAAACCUCGAGUCCGCGCAAUCCCCAAUACUACCGCCGCUCUCAUCGCAGAGUCCUUCUUCUAUCCUCUUACUGCUCACUUCCAGGUCGCCCUUCGAUCCUCCAGACCUGUCAUUCUCAAUCCCGCGCUACUGGCAUUGUACCUCCAAACGUUGGGCAUAGUCAUCCAUUCAGCGGGGCCUUCGACGCUUUCGCUGCCGCAGCUCACGACGGAGCUGUGGAAUUUGCUUCUCGCCGUCAGGAUUCACACGCAAGAAGAUCUCGGUGCGUUGAAAGGUUGGCUCGUCGCCAUGGCGUCCCUACUAGAAGUCAAUGACGGCGACAUGCGCAGGUUAUGCGAGACUCAGGGGCGUGAGGUCAUGGAGACGCGGGAAUGGGCCGCAGCCGUGUUCAAUAAGAUUCGAGGCGAGGAUGGAGGGGAGGAAAACGAGGUCAAGAUGCUAUCCGCGGGCGUACUGAUUAAGCUCGGAGAGGCGAUUGAGAAAUACCAGGCGCUAUUGAUGGGUAACAUGAUUGGCUUCUCAUGA